AUGAGCCUACCAUCUAAUUGGAGCCAUCAAUUAGCCAGCAUCACCAAAGCCCCACUACCGCUCCCCCAGAAGAAAACAAAUUCCAAAACUAGUAGAACAACAGGUUCGAUAGAUCCUAUUGAUAAAGAAUCUAUCCCUGUUGAAGGAGGAGCGGCCGCACCAAAACAAAUACCUCAUCUAAGUAAAAUUCCAAGACCACAAGGCAAAGGUAUUGCAAGAUCAAGCUCAGCUUGUCAAGCUCGUACUUCUUUUAGAAACACAGCCAAAAACAUUCUAAGUGCUCAAGCUGCACAACGUGCAUUCGAGAAUUAUACUACAAAACAAACUAAUCUCGCGAGAAAAAUACUUAAUGAUGAAGCUAAGUUUGAAAGAAGGCAAAGAACACAUUCGCAAAUCAUAACAUCUCCUGUAAGACUACAAGAUGCUCAAUUCCAAGAUAAUUUUGUCACAGAAGAAGUUUACAAUAACGCAAAGAAGUCAAAUAACAACGUGCCAAUUCUUCCAAAGUCUAAGCUUCCAAGUGAGCUUUCUUUGAAGGAUGCAGAUGGUGGAAGAGUAUACUACUGGGGAUGA